GGAAUGGUGGCUCUUUAGAUAGACGUAAAUGCAGCCUUGCUGGCUCAAAUAUAGGUAAAUUAUAUCUCGUCAAAACUUUGUGCGUUCUGUUCGCUUCUUUUCUCUUUGUCAAGAGGAUCAACAGCAGAAAUAUUUUCUGCAAUCAGUAGCAUCGAACGAGUACUCUACUAUAAAAGAAAGACACCCUCAUCAACAAAGCCAUCAUGCCACCAAAGAAGGUUGUGAAAGCCUCUGCCAAGGGCAAAAAGAGUUCUGCUCGCCUUGCCGCCGCCGCCGCCAGCAGCAACACCACCUUCCCUACCUCCACCUCCAGCGCCAUCGCCACCACCACUGCUGCCAAUAGCUCCUCUGCGCGGGCCCGCUACCGCGAGGCUCGGGGAGUUCCCGAUGACAUCGGAAAGGCUACAAACAACGCCACCCAAGAUCGUUUCCGUGCCAAGAAAAAGGUAAAGACCACCUCAGCAUGGAAGAAUGCGAAUCCGAAGGAGAAAGAGAGAAUGUUGAUCGCCGCGGCCAAUGCGGUCAUGAAGGAUAAGCCGGAUGCUCGUGCUAUUGGUGCCGCCAUCGGCAUGAAGAUGGGCUUGAGAUUUGGAAAAUGGAGAGAAAUGGGAAAGGGGGAGAAUGUAGAAGCGGAAGGAGGAGACGAAGAGGCAGAGGAAGAGGAUGCGGGAGCCGGCCCUGACGACGAGCCGGGUGUUAAGGAACAUCGUCGGGAAGACGAGGACGACGACGAAGACGACCCCAACGGGGAGUAUACCAAGCAGUAUAUGAGCCGUUCCAUCCCUCGCCAAGUACGUAUCAAACUCUCGCCUCUACCUGGAAAAUCAGCGGGUAUACAGCGCUCAGAACUAACUCUCGAUAAAGCGCGUUUAGGAUGGCGUCGUCUUCUUCGGUACCCCGCUUUCUUAGAUUUAGAUCUCUGGUGCCACCCUGCUCCGCUAUGUUUUCCUUGGACUGCCGCUGCUGCCUCCGUGUUGUCGUGCCUUCUGCUUGUUCCAUCUGCUGUCGUGUUUUUCGCCGCUCCUUUGCCUUCGGGCUCUUUGUAAAGCUGCCGAAGGGCGCAAUAUCUGGACUUGUUUGACCGACUUCCGCGAGCUGCUACAGGCUCAAAUUAAACCAAUUCUCCGCUCUCACA